AUGUCAAGCGCCGGUCGGGCGGCGCUCCUGCUGUUCCUCGUCCUCUGCUUCGCAACUAGCGUCUCGGCGUUUGGUGCAGGCUCUGUCGCCAACGGCAGUAACUUCAAAGAGUUUGUUUGGCGUCAUGGCGACAUAGUCGAGGUUUUGCGUUUCUUACCUUCGAGUCUCGUGACUAAUAUUGGAUUCACGCAGCUGGAGCGGCGGCAAAUUUAUUUUGGCAACUGGCUGCGCGACUUUUCGCAGGUCGUUGACGCAACAUGUCUGGAAAAUAUUCCCGAGUCCAUUCUCCGCGCCAUUGUCUCGAUCUUGGCUAUGAUGGAGUUUGGCUACGCGACUGAUGAGUUUGACGUCACGAGAGAAAGGCUCGGAUGCUACCGACACGUUGAACACAUCGACAACCCUCGCGGUUAUAGCAGCAACGCGAACUCGAUUGAUUCUCGACUAAGGGGACCCGUGGAUCCUGUCGAGCUCGAGUUUGAUCCGGAUACUGGCAUGAAAAACUACAUUGCAAACUCAGGCAACUCAUGGGAGACCGCCUCCGACUAUAUUCGUGACCAGUUGACCAAGUGUAUCGACCUCGGCCGUCGUGGCAGGGCUGGCGAACAUGCCGCACAGAAGGAAUCCUUCAUUCAUCUGGGAGCUGCACUUCAUACACUCGAGGACUUCGCAGCACACAGCAACUAUAUCGAGCUUUGCCUGCAGGAAUUCGGUGAGGAAGACGUCUUCGCCUUCGUCGGCGAUGACUGUCGCAUUGCGCUCCCGUCACAUCUCAAAAGUGACCGCAAGGUGGCGCCUCUCGUCACAGGCACAUUCGGCAUGCUCGAUAUCUUUCACAGUCUUCUUGGGGAGGCCGAUGACAUGGCUAUUCUACAGUCACAAGGGUCACUGACCGAAGUGCAGACGCACCUCGGCUAUGGAGCGACAGCUUUCGAGCAACUAUUUGCUGCGAUUGAGACUGGCAUUGCUUCGAUCCAAACCUUCUCGUCUGAAAAUAACGCCCUUAUAAGCCAGCUCAAGACAGUACACCUGAUACUGCAGAAACUUAAGCCAGAAACGCCUGCCGGAUCUGAUGACGAGGACAGCGGUGACACUGCCUCGAGCAAGUCUUCUGCCGACGCCGACAAGGCGGAAGAUUCUGUUGAUCCUUCUCUUGUCUGGCAAGCUCUCGAGCCUCUGUUCUUCUUCCACGAUAGAAUGAAGAAAUGGCUGAAAGAAGUUGGCGCCAGCGACGACCAGGACUCGUCUGGGAAUACAAGUUCGGAAAUGAGCGAUUUGACCAACCAGUUGGUUUUUCGAGCCAUGCGAAUCGUCAUUGAAUCUUCCGUGAAAGAACUGCGGGCCACGCUGCGAGCCGCUAAGGCUAGAGUGGACAAGGAAGCAGCGUCUUCUGGCUCGGCAGCGGUCUACGAUGAAGGCUCCUCCGCCUCAGACCCUAGUCACUCCGAUCUAUCCAAGGACCACUUCUGCAAUGUUCUCAAUAGGCCGGCGGGGCUCAUAGCGACCGUGACUACGAAUUGGACAACACAAGAGAUCGUAAAGUGUUGGGAUGAUAAGGAACUGGACGCCGGAAAGUCGAUUGAUGAAAUACUCACGAUUAUGCAUCACCCAGCAUUUGUCAAGGACAAAUCUCAAAUACAGGAAUACAUGUACAUGACAGUAGAACAUUGGUGGAAGGAUCUCCCGGAAGCAGAGCGCACACUUCUACGGGAAAAACUCACAAAGGAAAGCGUGCGACAGCGUGAGCACGAAGACCAUCACUUGUUGGUGCAACCUAAUGGCCGACAAGGACCAGCGCACUUCCCAGGGUCGAAAGCGGCAGUCGUGCAGGCCAAACCCAGAAGGUCGUUCCCGCUGGAGUGGGCUCUGAAAGAGAUUGUGGCCGACUCUUUAUGGAUGUUCCAAACCACUCUCAAGUAUUUGCUCCUACCAUUCAAGCUGAUGACUCUCGCCAGAGACAAAGCCUCUGGAUUCUUCGCAGGCGUGAGUAGGAAGAACCGGAAGCAGCAGCCUGUACCACAAUAA